CAAAUUCGUUUAUUACGCUCACAUUUUACAUUUGAGGCAAUUUGAGGCGUUAGCUUAGCUAAUUCAUAGAUAAGAAUAAUUUCCCUGCAUUUACGAGUCGUUUUGCUCAAACAAUUCAUUCCAACAUAGCGAUAGUAACUAUUUUCACCUCACCUUGACCCUUUACUUUAAUCUGUGUUUUACGUUUGACAAUCUGAAGUUUUAAAUAUUGCGAGAUGAGUAAUGAGAAGUUGGAGUAUAUAAAGAGCAAAAUUGGAACUUUUCCUGAUUUCCCAAAAAAAGGCAUUAUUUUCCGUGACAUUUUUAGCGCACUGAGAGAUCCAAUUGCUUGCAGCUACCUAAAGGAAUUACUUGUUGAACAAAUCAAACACAAAUAUCCAGAUGCUGAAAUCAUCAUUGGCUUAGAGUCACGUGGGUUUCUCUUCAAUCUCCUGAUAGCAACCGAACUGGGCAUAGGUUGCGCACCAAUACGCAAGAAGGGUAAAUUGCCAGGUGAAUUGAUAUCAGUGGAAUACGAAUUGGAGUACGGCAGAGACACAUUCGAAAUUCAAGCAAAUGCUAUUAAAAAUGGUCAAAAAGUGGUAAUCGUAGAUGAUCUACUCGCCACUGGUGGAUCUCUGAAAGCUGCGAUUGAAUUGGUGCGCAAGGCUGGUGGCACUGUUAUUGGAAGCUGUGUAGUGUUGGAAUUGGAAGAUUUACAUGGCCGUGAUAAGAUAGGUUGUGAUUGUGUUGUGCAAUCUCUUAUUAAAUACUAAAGAAGAGUUACACAAAUUAACGGUUAUAAAUGAAAAAAAAAACUCAGGGAACCUUUCAUACCAUUUGUACCUAAAUAAUAUAAAAAACGAAUAUAAAAUCAAGAAACACUAAUAAUUUUUUUAUACCGUAAAUUAACUAUUUACUAAUUAUGAAGGAGUGGGUUUUGUAAAAGACAAGAAUUUUAUAACUGCAUAUCUUUACUAAUGAAAUAGCAAUAAAGAACAAAUAAACUAUGUUUUAUAACACGAAAUAAUAGCAAUAAAACUAAAUAUCAAUAUUAUUAA